UGCCCCGCGACCCUCAUAUGCGGCUGAAGGCGACGACGCUUGGCUCCGCUAACAUCUGCAAGGAGUCAGUAUGUUCGGAAAGCGUCGGUGCAUGAAGUGACAAACUGUCCCUCAGGAAGACCAGUGACAGUCUGCGGGCCGUGGUGAUGCACUGAUCCCCCGCAUGUUGACCAAAGUACCUCAAGUCAAAGGAAACUCCUCACUGUGUAGCAUCACCCAUAUAAAAGCCCUAGUUGUAGCCUCAGGUCAGAGAGCGCUCCCUCGGGCAAGUAAUUAUAUUUUACACCAUGGCUCCAAAUCCCCAAAACGAGUCCAGUCCGCUUUUGGGGACCUCGGAGACGAAGGUUAGCAGUAGUUCAGCCCUGAAGACGGAGGCACCAGCGAGGCCCUCAUGCUCACGAUCGUGCCAUCUCCUGUCCCUAGUGACGGUGGAACCCGCCCUAUUCCUGAUGGCGCUAGGCUUCGGAAUGGAGCAAGUCUUCAAGACCAACAUGCUUGUGGACAAGACGUGUGCCAUCCAGCUGAACUACUCCGCCGACGUGUGUCGCAACCUGGACUCAGGCAACUACAAGGUAGAGCAAGACGCCACGCAGAAGCUCGUCGCCAACUACAACCUCUACUGCCAAGUGAUCGAGCUGCUGCCCGGCGCACUGGUCACGUUGCUGCUCGGUGCUUGGAGCGACACACGCGGCCGCCUUCUGCCCAUCCUCAUCCCAGCUGCUGGCGCCACGCUUAAGGCCCUCGGCUUAUGUUGUAACGCCUAUUGGUGGUCUCUGCAGCCAUGGUACGUACUCCUUCCCUACAUACCGUACGGGCUGACUGGCAGCAUGAUGUCACUCUUCAUGGGCGCCUACGCCUACCUAAGUGACUUGAGCAGCCACCGAAGCCGCACCACCCGCCUAAGCAUCUCCGGCAUGAUGCUUUACGUGGCGAUGCCCCUCGGGAACAUAAUGGGGGCAGCUCUCUACUCCCACGGAGGCUACGUGGCUGUGUUCGGGGCGGAGUUCAUAUUCUGUUUCCUGUCCCUCGCCUACUUUUUUAUCAGACUCAAAAACUCAACGCCUGAGUCGACAGCCGCGAAGACGGAAGAGAGAAAAGUGUCGCCUCUGAGUCAGCUGCGGCGGUCACUGAUGGUGGUGGCGCAGCGGCGGGCGGCGAACGGCAGAGCGCGUAUCCUGGGCCACGUGGCCUGCAUCGCCCUCUACUUGGUGGUGUCCAUGGUUAUGUUCAGCUUCAUGUUCCUCUACACGCGGAAGAGGUUCAUGUGGGACUACAAGCAAUACACUAUCUGGAGCACCGUGAACUCAGUCGCGAGCUCCCUCGUCACGUGCUUGGCCCUUCCCCUCCUGAGCUUCCGUUUGGGCAUCGAAGACUCGCUGCUGGCCUUCGUCGGGUCUGCCACACACGCCUUCUACGGGGUGGUGGUGGGCACGGCGCCAGACCCCUUCUUCCUCUUUCUGGCGGUGGUUUUGGCCUCUGCCGGGGGCUUCACCAUCUCCUGUUCGCGCGGCGCUCUGUCCAAACUGGUGGCGCCCAACGAGCUGGGCGCCGUGUUCUCCGUGGUGGGUCUGUUCGAGUCGCUGGGGCCUGUCAUCGCGUCGCCCCUCUACACGCUCGUCUAUGACUACACCCUCGAAUUCUACCCCGGCACCGUGUUCCUCAUCUCGGCCGCUGUCUCGCUGUUCAUCUGCUGCAUCUACACGUGGCUGUUGACUGCCUUCCCCGCUGCUGCCUCGCCCUCGCCUGUGAACCCAAAGCAAGACAAGAGUGACCACCCACAGGCCUAGACUCCCGCACGGCUGCUGAGACCCAACUUUUGCAAACACAAGCAUUUGGGGUGCCUUCGGGGCUCAAUUUAGAUUACUAAAGGCAAUUUUGAAGCGCUUUUGGCCUCUCGUCUGUAUACAGUGUGGUCCCAUAUGUAUAUUUAUCAUUGUAAAAAUAUCAUAUAUCUAUUUUUGUUCGACAUUUUAAGAUACUAUAAUUGACCUACUGAUGAUGGUAGUGGGCAGGGUAGGUACACUAUGGUGCCCUAAAAAUAAUCCUGCUUAGGGCUCCUGUAAGGCUUUAAAACCUCCACUUCCCGUCUCGGUUCGUCAUGGCUUAAGAUUGGAGUCAGUACCUGUUUACAAAUUCCUGAACUGUAGCAGUGUUCAGCACCCGGCCCGGUUUAGGUUAGAUUGGAUUACGUCCGUUUAGGUUGAUGGUGAAUAAAUACUUUUUGCCGGGAAAUACACUGAGAAUAAUUAGGAGAGGAUUGCGUUUUCAGUUUUGACCCACGGCUCAGAGGUCCGGGAAGGUCACCGGCACGCAGACACUUCAAUUUGCUUCCUGAAGAGACCGGAAUGUAAUUUUAUCAGAGCAUGGAGGACACAUAUGCGAUACCUCGUUCUUGGUAGGCCAAACAUACGACUAAUGGGGGAGACAACAUCCGGGUUUUGUUUGUGAUAUUCUAGUCUAAUAGCAGUAAAAGCGAAAUUGUGUCACAGAGUUGGCGGGUGUAACGAGUUAGGAACCAGACAAGAGGAUUCCCGCUUAACGAGUGCUUGUAUGGUUCAGAAAUCGCACUCCACCCGACU